UUUCAGGGCAUAAUUAUUUUUGUAAGAAAUUUGUGUUAUCACUAUAUUUGGUCUAAUUGGGAUCUGGAUACGCCUAUGCACUUCCUGCAGUCAACAAAAGAAGAACAGCUGCAUUUACAGAUACGCUUAUUGAUUGUUCCUAAUCCACUUGAGUAAUAUGUCUGAUGCUCUCGCAAAUGCAAUAUGUGAACGCUGCCAGGCUCGAUUUGAUCCUGCAGAGAAGAUUGUCAACAGCAAUGGGGAACUUUAUCAUGAAAAUUGCUUUGUCUGUGCUCAGUGUUUCCGUCAGUUCCCAGAUGGACUAUUUUAUGAGUUUGAAGGUCGGAAGUACUGUGAACAUGACUUUCAGAUGCUGUUUGCUCCUUGCUGUGGGGAAUGUGGUGAGUUCAUUAUUGGGCGUGUUAUCAAGGCAAUGAACAACAACUGGCACCCAGAAUGUUUCCGCUGUGAGCUCUGCGAUGUAGCACUUGCUGACCUGGGUUUUGUGAGGAAUGCUGGCAGGCAUCUGUGCAGGCCAUGCCAUAACCGUGAAAAAGCUAAGGGACUGGGCAAAUACAUCUGUCAGAAGUGCCACCUGAUAAUUGAGGAGCAGCCUCUGAUGUUUCGGAAUGAUUCCUACCAUCCGGAUCACUUCAACUGCACCCACUGUGGGAAGGAGCUGACUGCUGAGGCCCGGGAGCUGAAGGGAGAACUGUACUGCCUGCCCUGCCAUGACAAGAUGGGAAUCCCUAUCUGUGGAGCCUGCCGCAGGCCCAUUGAGGGACGAGUGGUCAAUGCCCUGGGAAAGCAAUGGCAUGUUGAGCAUUUUGUUUGUGCCAAAUGUGAGAAGCCAUUCUUGGGUCACCGACACUAUGAGAAAAAAGGACUGGCUUAUUGUGAAACCCACUAUAACCAGCUCUUUGGAGAUGUCUGCUACAACUGCAGCCACGUGAUAGAGGGAGAUGUGGUAUCAGCUCUUAACAAGGCCUGGUGUGUGAACUGCUUCUCCUGCUCCACCUGCAACAUCAAGCUUACACUGAAGAAUAAGUUUGUGGAGUUUGACAUGAAGCCUGUAUGCAAGAAGUGCUAUGAGAAAUUCCCUCUGGAACUGAAGAAACGCCUGAAGAAAUUGUCAGAGCUGACAUCCAAGAAGGCACAACCGAAAGCUCUGGAUUUAAACUCUGCUUAAACAGGUCUGUCAGUCUACUGACUGCACUCUUACAGUCAUAAGCUGCUGUGAGCAGCAGCUGUUGAUUACAGAGGCAAUUACUAACAAGUGAAACCAAAGAUAAGUAGUACCUUCCCCUUCUUCUGGUAAUGUAGCUUUCAUGUUGACUAUCCCUUUUCUCAAGCUGUUAUCUAUUAACACUGGCAGAAAGAGAAAUAUGAUUUCUGCUUGAGCAGUUUACAGGCUGGUUAUUAAUUUUCUAAUAACAACUUAUUCUGCCUUGUGAAUUGUACACAGUCUUUCCUUUCUCAGCUGAACUGUAGUUCUCUCCAGUCCUCCAUAGUCUAUUCCAUAGAAUUUGGAAACAGCGGUUAAGUGUAGGGAUGGAAGAAAUGUAUGAUUUGCUGUUUUUCAGUUGAAGUAUAAACAUUUCUAGCCCUAGGUGAAGACAUUUAACAUGUAGACAAAUAUUCUGAAAGAUGUCACUCUUUGCUACAUGCAGAAUGUUCUGAUCUUUCUCCAGAUUCUUACUGAGCAUAUAUGGAUGCUCUGCAGUCCUUCUGGUUUGCAGGUUUACCGGGAAAGCCCAGGAAGCAAUAGUUAUGGCAUCUAUGCUGCUCACUUGUCUAACUUAGGUCCAGUAUUAAGGCAGCUGAAGAAGUUUGCUUUGCUGCUUCGCUGCUCGGUACUAAGGAGAUCUCAGUUGUCAAGGCCUUACCAGCCUCUCCAGGAUAGUUAGGCUCUCCUUAAUGAGGAGGUUGCUAUGGUGAAAGAAAGAUUUUUGUUAGAAACUGACACUAUAAAUUUUCUUCAUUUGUUCUCUACUACUACAUGGGAGCUUCUAAUGGUCAACACAAAGUAUGUCCUCUCCACUGGCACAGCUGACAUUUCUUGAGGCGGUGUGGCUGGAGCCUCGGUUAUUCAUUUGCAUGAUGAAAUCAAAUUGGUAAUAUGGUGUCAAGCACUUCAAUUUCCCUGUCCUUCUCACUUCAUUUGAAAGAUGAGGGCACACUUGUUGGUCAUGCUUCAGAGAGCCUAAUUACAUUAAGGGGUAUCUGAUAUUUAUGGCUUGUAGCAAAUGUGGUCCUAUGCAGGAAAAAAAAACCCAGGACAUAUUUCUCUUAAAAAGUUCACCCAAAUAAGAGGUUUCUAUCACCUUUCUUAUUAAGACUUGAGUGUACUUAAAGAGAGGAUCUCAGACAUGAAUCUGUACAUCUUAACCUAUAGUUCCGCUGUGUAGUUUUGCCUAUUCACUAGUGAAGUUUCUAGAUCCUGUCUCUGCUAUAAAAAUUGUGUGAAAUUUACUGGGUUUGAACAUCCUUGAUAUUUCUUCAGGGGUGAGCCAUCAGCAGUGCUGUUCCUGAGUUCAUUUGGGUGUUCUAUAAUCAUGGGGAGCUUCUGAGACCUCCGUAGGUGUCCUCCAUAGUUCCUAGUCCUGAACUAAGCUGAGCAGCCUGAAUAGUUGAAGUCUCUGCCUGCCCUUUUACAAGGUCAACAGGAUGAAAGGCACUGGAGGACUGCUGUCCCUUGCAUGAUUUAAAUCUUCCAAGAAGCGGCUAUUUUAGUAGGUCAAAUGAACACAACAGUUGGGCCUAGCCACCAACCUGCAGUCCCAAGAGAAUUAGCUAGCAAGAAGUUAGAACUUCCUCACUUCUUGCAUGUGUGAGAAGCAACUAGAUUGGGGCAAUAAUCUACCUUAAAGUUGCCCUCACUGCCAUCACACCUUGCCCAAAAUAUAUCUAAAUUAGGUAAUAGCUAAAGCAUUGACAGCUGUUCACACACUUGCUGUAGCUACUACCCAUGAAAUUGCACCAGUGAUACCACAGCAGUGGUGGGAAAUCCUUGUUAACUCUGUGCAGGUAAGAAUCCCUCAUGUGAGACCAUCUCUUAGAUACUUAAUGGCUUUGCUAAUUCAGAUUCCUUCAGCCGCUUUGCUUUUUGGUGCCAUAACCUACCAUAAACUUUCAAAUGGGAUAUACUGCAUCUGCUAUAACACUGAUGAGGGGACAGGCCUAAUCCUAACAGUAGAACUCUUCAUCCUCUUCUGAACAAUAUACACUGUAGCUUACAAUAAUAGUAGCUGCUUUUGUCACUGCUUUAGGAGACCAUGUGAGUAGUCACUUUUCUCUCACCAGCCUUUAAAUAGUCUGUAGUUAAGGGCACAAAGAGCAGCAUGUCUUUUGGUGCAGUAGUAUGUGGCCACUGCAAAGAAUCUAGGUUCAGUUCAGUAUGCUAUGCAGAGUCUUCUCAGCAUGAAGCAUUCAGGUCUGUUCCUAUAACUUUAGUCACAGGGCAUGUCUAAUCCUAAAUCUGAGCAGCUGUGUAUCUUCAGCCUUCUGGAAAGAUGUGGAUGAAUACAUAGCCAAGUAGCUACUGGUAAAUAUGGAAAGACUAUGUAACUAGCAGGCAAUAGGUAAUAUUCUUUCAGUGGCCACUUUCAAGUUCAGCAAUGGAAAAUGCAUGUAUGUAGAGGUGAAUGGAAUUACUUUUGUACUGUAAGUAGAGGUAGAGUGUGUACUCUCACUUUGUCUCAUAUUUGCAACUCAGACCUAAUAAGCUUCAGUGUUCAAAGUAUAGCUGAUACUGUCUUUGAUGAGCUGUUGGUUAUCUAACAUUUGGAUUAAGUCCUUAUCUUUAGAGCAUUUCCCAAAUUACUGGAGGGAAAAAUAUCCCUGACCUCUGUAUUAGCGGAGGGUGAUGUUCCCUUAGUAUUUCUUAAAUUAGUAAUGUUUCACCAUUAUUUUUCUUAUAUUUCUGCUGCCCAUAGCCUACAAUGUGCAGAGUUAUGGGAGUGAGUAUUACUGACAUGUCUUUUGUGGGAUAGUGGAAUUGAAGGAGUUGGAAAAAUAACUAUAAAUAGUUUAAUAAAAGUACCUUCCCCUACUUCAAGUCCACUUCCUAAAAACUAAGUAGAAUAUAGUGCAGACUUAAGACUUUCCUUAAUGUGUUGCUAGGAUAACAGGUUUGUUGGUUGUCAGUUUGUUUGUUGGUUGGUUUUGGGGUAUUUUAAAAGUUAAGGGCUUGGUCAGAAACAAGCUGCAUGUUUUUUUCCAUUGCUGUGAAUAGACAUGCUGGCCAAAUUCAUCCUAAGUAUCACACCACUGGAGAGUGUAGAUUUACAUCAAGGUUGAACUUGGCUCAGAAGUCUACGCUUACCAAAAGCUGUUGUCUCAUUAUAUACAUCUAUACUUUACAUUCAUAUUUAUACAUACUGAAUUAAAAUCACUAAUAUUCACUGAAUACACUUGAAAUGGUUUUGCUGUUAGAAACCACACUAUGUGAAGCUUGUUUGUAUUCAAAGGGUAUGUUAAUCACAGUCUUUUUACAGCAACCAAAUCUACUCUAUAGGGUUUGCAUCCUGGUGUUUAUUUUUACAGCAGUCUGUGCAAUGUAGGCAAAUACUGUUCAACCUGUGCAGAGUUUCUAGAUGGUGUGUGUUUUGUAUUGUGAUGUGAUUGACACCUUUUUAAAAGUGGUUGGAUGGUGAAGGAAUAGGUUGCAGGCAAACAUAAUAAAUGUAGUUGCACUAGUCUGUAAAGCACUGUUAAGUGCUGAGGAUGGUAUAGACCUAGUAAAAAAAUUAGCAGCUACUUGCUGCUCAGGCUGUUCAGGCCUUGAUGAGCAGUGUGGAUUCUGCACUGUGUGGAGCUCUGUCGCACAUUGCCUGUGCUAACCAAAACGUGAUUGUGGAUUCAAAUGUUGUAACACUGUCUCUUUUUAUGUUUCUAUAAUAAAGUUAACUGUAACACAUUUUAAA